AUGCGGCUAGCCAAUUUUCUUUUUUACCUUGCGCCAAUGAUUGUCAGUUCAUUGGCCUUCGACUUCGUUCCUCUAUCAGGCGAACUCGAUUUCUCCCAGGAAAUGGUCUUUAUCAACCUUACCCAGCAACAAUUUUCGGAACUCCACCUACAACAUCAACAAUGGCAUCAGAAAAACAUUCUUAAACGCUACACCCUCACUGAAUUGGACGAGAUUUGCCAGCAAUACAAUGCAAACUUUCGCUUCAACAGUGGAUUUUGCUCGGGAAAAGACAGAAGGUGGGAUUGCUACGAUCUUAACUUUCCGACUACGCAAAGUGAACGCAGGGUUCAAAGGCGGAGAGUUUGCCGCGGCGAACACCAAACGUGUGAAACCAUCGACGUCAUCAAUGCGUUCAAUGCCCACGCCCGAUUCCCUCAGUGCGUUCACAGAUUCCAACUACCGAUCAACGAUCCCAUCCCAUACAAGGAUUCUUACCAGGGCCAAUACACAGUUGAAAAGGCGUUAGAUGACUCCUGGGAAGACAUUCUCGCGAACACUGGUGGUAGUCACGUGGACUUCAGCUACCAAUCAGGCACUCAACACUACCAAGGCUACGGACUCACUUUUGCAUGCAUACAUUGUAUUGGAGGAUCCAUACUUAGAAUGAUCCAUGCAAACGAUCCAGCAAGGGCCACAGUUACUAUCAAAUUUCACUAA